AUCACCGUACAAUAUCGUACAGAAUUCGACGCAAUGGCUCGUACUAAGCAGACUGCCCGUAAAUCGACUGGAGGAAAAGCUCCGAGGAAACAGCUGGCUACCAAGGCCGCUCGUAAGAGUGCGCCAGCAACUGGAGGAGUUAAGAAGCCACAUCGUUACAGACCAGGAACUGUAGCUCUUCGUGAGAUUCGUCGUUACCAGAAGAGCACUGAGCUUCUCAUUCGUAAACUGCCCUUCCAACGACUUGUUCGUGAGAUCGCCCAGGACUUCAAAACCGACUUGAGAUUCCAGAGCUCAGCUGUGAUGGCUCUUCAGGAAGCCAGCGAGGCCUACCUCGUCGGUCUCUUUGAAGACACCAACCUCUGCGCCAUUCACGCCAAAAGAGUCACCAUCAUGCCUAAGGAUAUCCAGCUGGCUCGUCGUAUUCGAGGAGAGAGAGCUUAAAUUAAUUCAAUAUUGAAAACUAAUCACGAUCGGCCCUUUUCAGGGCCAUAAAUUAAUUUUAACGAGAAAACAAUUUAUAGCUAUAUACUUUUUUAAUUUUUUUUUUCAACAUAUUUCAUCCGAAAAAAAUGAAUUGGCAAGAUAACCUAAUCUCA